CACUGUUUGGACUCGGACACUUUUCAGAAUUUCAUUGUGCCGAUUGAGACCAGGACGAGUUUGGACACAAAGGGGACAUCGCCAUGACCACUGAAUACCACGACAACAUGGAGGACGACAGCAGCUCGUUCUGGAACAAAGAACCUCGGCCAGGCCCGUUAUCCAGAGUGUCCAGGUCCAGACGUUGGUUGUUCAUGGGUCUGGGUGCUGCGGUGAUCUUGAUCCUCAUCAUAGUGGUGUCAGUUACCAACACACAGACCAUGAGCAGACUGUCAUAUGUGGACACAACUGUUUCCAACCUUACGAAGUCACAGAGCUCCACCCAGCAGCUGUCCAAAGAAACAGCUAAAGGUGUUCAGAGACUGAAGUUUGCUGUGGAGAGCAACAAGGACCAGCUGACCUCAGUUUCUGAGGCUCUGAAGCAGCUGUCAGCUCUGGACACCAUCAGCAGGACGGUCGCCAACCUUAAAUGUACCAUGGAGCGCUACAUGAACAACGGUACGACCUCAGCCGGCUGCUGUCCUCUCGGCUGGGAGAACUUAGGAACCAGCUGUUACUUCUUCAGCAAGACAACCAUGCCCUGGCACGAUGCACGAGACUGGUGCAACGGACACGAGUCUCACCUGGUCAUACUGAUGAGCGACGACGAAUGGACCUUUGUCACCAGAAUGGCCUCCGGUAAUUUCUACUGGAUCGGUCUAUCUGAUGAGAAGUCAGGACAGUGGGAGUGGGUCAACGAGACGCCUUACGUCAUGAACCGCAGACGCUGGAAACCCGGGCAGCCUGACAGCUGGACCGGUCAUGGUCUCGGUUCUGGGGAUGAAGACUGUGCGCACCUUCACAACGAUGGACGCCUGAACGACCUUCACUGCUCCACCAGACUGCCCUUCAUCUGUCAGAGACACACUCAGGACAUGUGAACACCCCCAGCAGCUGCUGUGUCCUCAGGGUGUCUCUGCUGUGUCCUCAGGGUGUCUUUGCUGUGUCCUCAGGGUGUCUCUGUACCUCAAACACUUUUAUUAAAGAGCCUCUUCAUAUUGUACUGCUUAAACUUGGACAUCAAUAAAAUCUCAUUAUUUCUA